AUGGCCCAGCUUUAUGCUGACCUGAGGUUUGCCAAAGUGAUGGGAGGCCGGAGCACGGCCAGCCAGGCACUGGAGGCAGCCUUCGGCAUGAAUGAGACAGAGAGCCCCUACGAGAGUGCCCAGCCAGAACUGGCAGGGCAGGAUGGGGAUGGAGCAGAGCCCAGCCCAGGGUGCCGGUCCCGUCGGUGGUGCAUCUCUGUGGGACUGCUGAUAACUUUCCUGCUGCUGGUGGCCACUGUGGCCCUGGGGGCGUGCUACUGGCAGGUCACCCGCAGCCUGCAGGACUCCUCCCGUGAGCACAAGGCCGAGCAGGGCCGCCUGUCACAGGAGCUGAGGGCACAGGAGCAGAGCCUGGAGCAGACACAGCUGGAGCUGGCGUGGGCCAGAGAGGAGCUGCAGCGAGCGUGGCACGAGGGCAACAUCAGCCGGCUGGAGCUGGACAGGCUGAGCCUGGAGCUGCGCCGCGUCACGGGGGUGCUGGGCAGGACAGAGAGGGAGAUGCAGGAGGUGCAGGGGAGGCUCAACAACAGCGAGAGCACCGUGGCCCUCCUGCGCUCCUGCACAGCCAUAGAUUGCUGCCCUUCGGGCUGGCUGCUGUACAGGGGCAAGUGCCUCUUCAUCUCCUCGGAGAAGAAGACAUGGGAAGACAGCAGAGAUGAGUGUGAGAAGACAUAUUCUCAGCUCCUGGUCACCAAAUCCUGGAGUCGCUGGACCGUGCCGACCUUCCUGAAGAAUGCAGAUGUCCCAUACUGGAUUGGAUUGCAGAAGGGCAGUUUUCCCUGGUAUGACUAUGGCGGGCUGGAGGAAGAGGACCCAGACAGCGAGGGAGACUCAAAGGCCUGGUUCUGGGUGGAUGGCUCCCUUUAUGAAAGGCCGUGGCAGUCAAAAUCGAAUGGAACCUGUGCCAUAAUAAGCCAUGGGAGCAUCAAACCUGCCCAGUGCACUGGUCCCAGUGACCUGCACCUCUGGAUCUGUGAGAAGGCAGCAGGGCCAAGCCUCCCUUUCAAGUGAUGAUGGCUGCUGGCCCCAGCACUGCUGUGCACCUCCACCCUGCAUCGCCUCUGCUCCAGCCUCGCUGUGUCCCUGCCCAGGAUGUCCCAUCCAUUACAGCC